AUGGACGACUCAGACCAGGAUUUUGCCGACCUCUGCUCCAAACUGCGAAAACGUGUCCGCAAGACAACCGGCGACACCGGGCUGCGGAGCAAGAGGAACCCGCCGUCCUCAGCGCAGCCAGCCGCCGCGGAGCCGAGCAAGAGGCGGCCGGAGGGGAGAGACGCCGUCCGGGGCUCAAAACGCGCCGCUCUCCGCAGUGAAGCGCCGCCUGCCCGCAGCGACGCCGAGGAUGCUGAUGCCGCCGGGGCUAAACAGCUGCACCACGGCCAGCCGUCUGUCGGUAGGGGGGAUGUGCCUGGUUCCGGAGACGCCGAACCGCCUGCCUCUGCGGAUCCCGGCGCGUCCGAACCGGUCGACCGCGUCGCCUAUAAGAGUCUAGGGGCCAAGGAGAAAGUGUUGCACAGGAUGCAGCAGUUCAAGCGAGUCAAUCCCCAGAGGCUGGUGCACUCCGGCUCCAGCAAGCCGACCGAGACGGAGGGUGACGCUGUUACUCCGGCACAGAGGAGUCAAGACGUACCGGUGCCCACCACCUGUGUCCUCCGUCCGGAGUUCAGCGACGGCGACAAGGCGCUGGCCGUAAAGCUGCAGCAAGACCUGGACAGGGAGACAGCCGAGGCCCAAGCUGUGACCCUGGAGGAUAGAGGCCUCUUCUUCUGUCAGCUCUGCCAGAGAGACCUGUCUCAUAUGACGCUUGGUGGACGCACACAGCACCUCAACAGGUGUUUGGAUGAGAGAGAGGAAAAGGCGCCGGCACCUCCCCCUCCUUCUGGUGUCCCCGACUGUCCCAUCUGCGGAAAGAGGUUCAAGUCCCAGAAAAGUCGCUCCGCCCACUUAAAGCGCUGCUCCUCGGAUCUGGGAGUGACGCCGGCCGUGCUGCUGCAGGCCUUGCAGAGGCAGGCUGCUGAAGCCCAGAAUGGCUCCGCUGCUAACCAGCUUCCGCAGGUUGGAGGCUCCAAGAGGAAAGGGCCACCUGGGCCUGAUCCGCCAGACAGGAAGAAGUCCAGGAAGAAGGGCGAGCCUGUGGAUGAGGACACCAUGGUGGCCCUGGCGCUGUCCUCCUCCCUGCUUGAGCAGGAGACUGGGAGGGAGAAGGAGCGCCAAAGAGGAUGUGAGCUGGGAAGAGAAGUGAAAAGUGAGACCGCUGUCCCUCACACCGCCAUGAUGCCACAGCUGAUCUGGAGGCACAACGCAGGUAAGGGGCGUGGGAAGAGGAAAAAGGACGCUGUCCCUCGCCCCCCUCCUCUGCUUCUCAUCCAGGAUGCCGAGACGGCCCAGAAAAGAAUCCAGGAACGUGUCUCGGCCCUCCUGCUGCGCACCAGGACCCCCUCACCCCCGACUCCCACCCGCUGCUCCAGCAACCUGCCCGCAUGGAGCGGUGCUGCUGUCCUCUGGCAAAAGAGUGCACUGCGGGAUGACGGGCCCAGCUCCCUGCUCGAGUUCUACACGCUGGAGCUGAGGGAGUUUAUAGCACCUCCGGAAUCAGCCAAGGUGAGGUGUUUGUUUAGCACAAUGGAAGGUACUCCUCUGUCUGCGGCCAAAAAUGCCAUUCUCCCCUCAUCCUCCCAGAUGGCCUCCUCCUCAACUCCUUCCACCCCAGGUGCAGGGUCACUCCUGGGCGGCAGCCAGGCCCUGAAUGACCUGAUGGAGCUGGCUGAUGAAGGCAUGACUUUUACACAGCUGGGUUAUGCUGGUCCGGGGCCUCCUAAAGAUAAGGAGAGCCGUCUCGGCCAGGACCAAGACUUCCAACUCAGCGGCUUUGUCCUGGAGGAGCCAGAAGUCCCGGUGGACCUCCGUCUCAGCGGCUUCAUACCGGAGGCCGAGCACACCCAGAGCCCGCCAAGCAGGAGCAACGGCCAGCAGGGAACAGACACAAGAGGAGGAGACCACAAAUCAGUAGCGGUGUUUUGGAAAAACAACUAUUUGCAAGAUAUCGACCAGGUGGCACUGUCCAGGUUGGCGUCAGACCUGAGCAGCAUGGUGAACAACCCACAGCUCAGCGAUGUGCAGCUCCAGGUGGACAGCGGCGAGGUCUACUUUGCCCAUUCUUUCAUGCUUUAUGCCCGCUGCCCCCUGCUGUCACAAAUGGUGCACGUCAGUGGUUUCGGAGUGCAGGAGGACGACAUGCAUGCCGCUAACAGGGUGUUGUUGGCCGAGGUAGCGGGGGAGGCGGUGCACACCCUGCUCCAGUACCUCUACACAGGCCGCUGCCCCGUCUCAGCACCCCUGCUGCCUGACGUGCUGGAGCUGGCAUCCAGAUUUAACUUGGAGGAACUACAGCAACUUUGCCAUGUCCGUAUGGGGCAAACAGAGAGCCAGGAGGAAAAAACAGGACAGAGGGAGCUGUCAGAAGAAGAUGACUUCUGUCAAAAGCAGCAAUCUGGACCAGAAGAGGACCAAAGGGACCAGGCAUUCGUAGAACUCCUCCGCUCCAUGUGGGACGAGGAGGAGGAUGAAAAGAAUGACGGGAGAGAAAUGGAGAGAGGAGGAGACGGAGGGACGGGAUUGCAGUUUGACAACCCUGUGUCUGGGGAUGAAGGUAGUUGUGAAGAACAAGUGAACGAAGAGGAGAUGGAGGAGAUCUACGAGUUUGCUGCCACGCAGAAACAAGGAAAGAAGAGAGAUAGCAUAGAGGAGGAAGAGGAGCUGUGGAGAACUGAAACAGAGGAGGAGCACUCAUUCACAAAGCCAGACGUUAGGGAGCCCAAAACAUUAACAGACUCAGAGGGCCAAAGUGUCCAGCCAAGCCUGGAUCGCAGCUGUAGCCAUCUCUUCUCCGACUCCCCGGGGAUCUAUGAGGAGGAAGCCAGCUCCUCAUUGCAACCCUCCCUUCCUACUAAUACACAAUCCAAUGAAUCUCAGCAGAAAAACUCUACUAGCAAACCAUUGUCUACAACAGUUAAGGAAGAGAUAGCGCCAGACACAUGUCCUCAGCCCUUGGCUAUUGAAGUCAUAGAUCUGUCCAUCAGUCCACCUCUAAGCACAUCCAGUCUGCCUCUCCCAGGUGUGUCGCCGGGCUCAAGGAGUGACCGAGAGAAAGAUGAGGAUGAGGAAAUGGGGAGAGAUAAUGUUAAAUGGAAUAUGGCUGAGGAUUUCCCCAGUGGAAGCCUGCAUCCCAGAGUGGACAGACUAACUCCAUACCAAGAGACACAAAGACUUUGUAGUUUAACUGUCCCCUUUUCUCCGACCUCACCUAACAACAGCAAGGAACCUGAGUUGGUCGUUCUGUCUGAUUCUAGUGAAGAGAUGGAAGUAGGUCUUGCUGCUCAGAACUCUCCCUGUCCCUCACCACGUUCACCCUACUCCAGCCAGACCUGCAAGAACUACACUUUGGUCAAAACCAGAUCAAACUCAGAACCUACUAAACCAAGCCCAGAGAGUAAAGAGUCCAGUGUUUUAGAGUCUAGUCCUAGUGGACCGUCUGCAACUCCAGUACAAGGUCCAACAGGUUCCAGUCCAGACAGUUUGGAUCACAUCCAAAUGGACUAUUCCCCUGAAGUUUCCUGGCUGAUCCCAGCUACGCCAGUCCAGUGUGGUAGAAGGACCAGCAGCAGCUCUACUCAGACUUACAGUAGCAUGUGCAGGGUGCAGCUUUUCCCCAAAGCCAGUUGCUUGUCUUCCUCAUCCCCAUAUUCCGCCCAUCCCUCUGUGCCAUUACAGGACAAGCUUCAGACUUCCAGCUGUCCAGCCAAGAUUUCUACACAAAUUAUUCAAACAGACAGCAUGGUUCCCCGUGAAGAAGUGAACAGAAGCAUCCCCCAUAGUUCCGGUUUGGAUCUUAAACAACCCAUGAAAAGAAACCAUAACAGUGGAAAGUGCAGUCAACCAGCGGUGGUCUCUGGUGAUUCCUCCCCAGUGUUUGCAGUCCCUCCAUCCAGAACUCAACCCUCUCGACCCUCUAGCGUUAUCCAGCUCCAUCCCCUCAACCCCCAACAGGACAUCACAAUCAAAGGCACACCUCUGCACUGUCACCUCCAGCCAUCUAGCAGCACUCCACUGCAUACAGAUCUACACAGAUCCAAGCCUCCUGUUCUUUCAACGGCCUCACCACUGCUCAGUGACACCAACAGCAAAGGGUCUCUGGGUCAAGGGAGGCUCUCUCAGAGCCCACAGAAAAGGCCGGUAUGUCUAUCGCUAACCGACCUGCCCAACUCCCCCUCCCUUUCCCCCCUCAGGGGACCUCUAUAUCUGCAUGGCAGCAGUGGGUCCUGCAGGCAAAAUGGACAUUCACCUGAGAAUGAUUUCAGAGAAAACAUGGUGACAGGGCUGACUGACCAUGAUGGGGCCAAAGCAAGGGAGAUGAGAGGUGAGUAUGAAAAAAGAGUUGAAGAAGAAAAAGUGAGCACAGUUGGUAAGGGGGGACAGGAAGCAGAAGAAGAAAUUGAAGAGGCAGAUUCUUUUGAGGCCAGCUUCCGGCAGAGCUUCAUGGCAAUGGACGAGCCCCCCAUGGCCUUCAAUGACUCGUGGGGCCUCGACACUGGUGGAGACAAAGAAGGCGACCAGGGCCUCUGUUUCAGUUUGAGGCUGGAGGACAGUGGAGGAGCCAUCCCACAAGAACACAGCCGAGGAGAAGAAACAGCGAGCUCAUCACCACAUGCUGUCUCCUCUGAACAGCCUGCUCCAAGUUAUGUUGAUGCCAUCUAUCCUUUUAAAACUCACAACUGCGAAAGGACUAAUGCCUCCCUUGCAGCCCAAAAAUGUAGUGCACACCCAUCCUCCCCUCUCUUGCCCACAGCUAAAACCGACUCAUAUGCAGGCCCGCAUUUUACCCCCUCUCCUCUCGACCCCAAUCUUCAAACCGCCCCUGAGGUGGGUGCCAGUCUUCUGGACUCCAAGCUAUGGGAGAGUUGGAAGGAGGAGGAGGAAGAAGAGGAGGAGGAGGCUCUUCCUCUCUCACAGAGAGUGAACCUGGCCGUUAAACUCAAAACACCAGAGCCAGCACGCAGGAAGCAGCACGGUCCGUUGGUGCCCAUCACUCCCAUGGCCUGCUACUCUGACAUGGACACACCAGAGCUGAAGAACAAACUCAACAGGUUUGGUGUGCGGCCCUUACCCAAACGGCAGAUGAUCCUCAAAUUGAAGGAGAUCCAUCAGUACACCCACCAGCUGGUCAGCUCUGACUCCGAAGAGGAGGUGCGCUCUCAGGGUCGACCCAUGGAAGCUAAGCCCCUGCCCGCCACCGCUACCACAGCCCCUUCUGCCAGAUCUGUCUCCUGUGCCAAGGAAGUGAAGUUCAAACAGCCCAGAGCGCCCCCUGUGAUCUCCCCUGUCAAACACAACUCUGAGGAGGAUGAAGAACCACUAUCUGCCUCGCAAGGCUCCAAUACCUCUUCUACAGCCACCAGUGAAGACUCUGAAAGAUCAUACCCGGAGCUGUGUCACUCCUCCAGCAGUGACUCGGACAGCGAUGGAGGGAUGACAGCCUCCCAGGCAGCUUCCCGCCGCCAGGACACCCUCAAGGCAGUGCGCUCUUUCAUCCUGUCACAUCCGGAGCUGUACAGUGAGGUCCUUCAGUAUAAGCCUCUGGUUCUGACCCAGCUCCAGGCCCAACUGAAGGCAGUUGGCAUCCGCCUCGGCACUGCCAAGCUGCUGGACUACCUGGACUCCCAGUGCAUCACUGUCACCACAGCCAAGCCUGGCCACCCGGCACGCAGCCGCAGGCGGAGGAAGGGAAGAGGACCAAGCAAAGGGAAGCCACCACAUGAGGGAGCGGGGAAAGGAAAGAAGAGAGGCGCUGUUGCAGCUCCAGACUAAGACUAACUGUGCAGUGAACGCUUGAUUUUUUUUCCCCUGUCCCUGCAAAGCUGAAGUUGCAAAAGCGAGUCGUACGUCAUCACGUCGGUACAUUUCUCUGAAAUAACUUCCAGGCAGGGAUGAGAUCAGGGAAAACGAAAACCAUGAAGAAGAAUUUUAGGGAUAAGAUCUAGUCAACC